UCUUAGGCAUGGCCGGUUGGCCAGUAUAUUUUGGAGGAGUGGCACAAACCAACCUAAUUUGUUAAUAAUUACUAAUUAGUAUGUUUUUAGAUUUUACUAUCAAUAUUAAUUGAUAGCUCUUUGAAUUUACAAUUUCCAUUGAAUAUCACAUGUCAACAAAUUAAUUAAAUUCCUCCGAAUGUCUUCCGGGAAAUUAGGUGUUCGUAAUUUGACUGAGCUGUGUGCAGACUGUGGAUCUUUAGAUCCGGGAUGGGCAGUUGUGAAUCGAGGCCUCCUCGUGUGUGAUGAAUGCUGUAGCGUGCAUAGAAGUUUGGGUAGACAUAUAUCACAAGUAAAAUCAUUAAAAAGAGCUCAUUGGCCACCUACGUUGCUGUCUAUGGUUCACACUUUAAAUAAUGGAGGAAUCAACAGCAUGUGGGAAGCUUUGCUUAGUGAGUCAAAAAUUAUCAAAAGGAAACCACAGCCAAAAGAUCCUGUCCAUGGACGCGAGGCCACCACUAUUCAGUCCUUGAAGGCAGAUUGGCAGCAGAAGGAGCUGCAUGGGCGCUACUAUGGUCUCCUCUGCUCGGACCAAACAGAUAAGGAGCAGUCAACCAGGUGGCUCACAGUUGGGAACUUGUUCCCAGAGACAGAAGGCUUUGUGCUUGCCAUACAGGACCAGGAAAAGGGGAGCAGACCUCUGCACGUGGCGGCCAGAGAGGGACAGAUAUCGCAAGUCGAGCUGCUGAUUGUGUGCGGUGCAGAUCCCAGUGCUCUCGACAAACAGGGAAACACUCCUGAAGCUUGUGCAAGACUGAGCGGCCACCUAGACGUGAGCCAGCGACUGUGCUGGUGCCUGUACGAGGUGCCCGACCGACUGACCUACUUCCUGUGCCGGCGGCGACCCGACCAUAGUUCGCUCAGCCAGCAGCACUUCAUUGUGCCAGACCCCGCCGACUGCAUCGAGCCGCCGCACCACACCGCCAACGAGGCCCGCUUCAAACUUCAACAGCUCACUAAUCCGCUAUUCCAAGACCUAGCAAUGGAUGUGUACGACGAAGUUGAUAGGAGGGAAACUGAAACAUUAUGGCAGUCGAUACCAGCCUCACUACAGCUGGGUUCAGUGCCUUUUCUGCCAGUCAACCCGGACCUAUCUUCGAUGCGCAACCAGGGACGGCAAAAGUUGGCUCGUUUCAAUCCUAGAGAGUUCGCUUCACUUGUUAUCGACAUCUUAGCUGAUUCAAAGCGAAGGCAAUCGCCUUUCCCUGAGUCAAUACACUGUAGACACCUCAAAGACAAUUCGGAUGAUGAGCCGUUAUAUGAUAGUGUAGCCUCUGACGACGACUAUGCCUCUCCCGAGCAAAUUGCCGCCCUGGUGGCAGCUAACGCUAGCGGAAAACCAAUGCCAACAAUGAGCACAAGCAGUAUAUGUUCGUCGGAAGUGGCCACCGAGCAGACCAGCUCCAGUUCGGCCACCAGUCCACAGCACGCUGCGAUUCGCAGGUCGUCUGCGCAUGCGCCAACGGUUACGUCACAGUUGGCACAUGCGCAGACGAGCAGGUCGUCGGCAGCGCAGUCUGUGACGUCACAGUUGGCACAGGCGCAGGUGACGGGUGUUGAGGAUGAACUCAGGACACAGCUGGCUGCGUCGCAGAAGAUGAUAACUGAUCUGACCGCCCAGAUACAGAGGUUACAGACUAAGGUGGCAGCUAACGCUAGCGGAAAACCAAUGCCAACAAUGAGCACAAGCAGUAUAUGUUCGUCGGAAGUGGCCACCGAGCAGACCAGCUCCAGUUCGGCCACCAGUCCACAGCACGCUGCGAUUCGCAGGUCGUCUGCGCAUGCGCCAACUGUUACGUCACAGUUGGCACAUGCGCAGACGAGCAGGUCGUCGGCAGCGCAGUCUGUGACGUCACAGUUGGCACAGGCGCAGGUGACGGGUGUUGAGGAUGAACUCAGGACACAGCUGGUUGCGUCGCAGAAGAUGAUAACUGAUCUGACCGCCCAGAUACAGAGGUUACAGACUAAGGUCGACGAAGUAACUCAAGAGAAUCGUGAAUUGCGAAGUGCAGUUCAACAGAACUCGGAAACAGAGACUGAACCAGUUUUAGACGUAACAAGAACGGGUGUUCCUCCCCGCCCCGUCUCCAUGUACGAGACAAGGGAAUCGCUCAGAGCUCAAUCGAAUGCUGUGGGUCCAAUGCCGCAAUCGGAGGAGGUGAUCCGACGCACAGAGCAGGUGACCAAGCGCAUCCAAGAGCUUUGGUCGACCAUGCAGUCACCCGACAGCCGCCAUACUUUUGUGCCAUGCGCAGAACGCAUCCGAGUAGCCGUAGCUGAGCUCACCGCCAUCUUCCCUCAGAAACCAAUUGACGAGGUAGUGCGCAACGCGCUGCGGCAACUCAACACGAGCACCGUGCGACUGCAGGCCGAGUGCGCCAACCUCGAGAGCAGUUCGGAGCGCGUGCGCACAUGUGCCUACAACAUGGCCAAGGCCAACCGCCAGCUGUUGACGCGCUUCCAGGACCCGCGCCAGCGCACCUGACAUUCGAUCAUGCUCUUUCGUCCUGUUCCCGUUGCCGCGCCCCGUCUCAGGAUCUUCCGCGAUUCCAUCUCUGCUACCUCCACUAUUUAGGCUAUGGUUGGUUGUCAUCUCUAUCUACUACAUCGUUCGUCCAUGUAGUCAGGAAUGAUAAUUUUGAUAUUGGUGUAGUCGGUUGACGUGAUGUUAGAUAUGGAGACUCGAGCGCCACGAACACGUGCCUUUCACUUUUCAUCAGAUGGUGCAAAGAUUAUUAACCUUACUGUUUCUGUACAAAUACAGAUAUAAUCAGCUGAUGAAAAGCGAAAUGCGCGUGUUCGUGGUGCAAAAGUCUGUACGCAGUUCAAUACUAUAGUCUGUGGAAACCUAGUAUUGCAGAAUCGCUCUUGUGAAGUACGUACAAUGCUGCCAAAUCUCACUGAAUCAAGAGAGCCUGCGAGCUUAUUUUAUGAGAGAAAGAGCGAGAGAGUGUAGAUAUUUUUUAGAAUCAGCAUAAAAACAACAACAGUGUGUUAUGAGUCAUUGACCAGGGAUUUUAGCUGGAGUAAACGCAUUUAAGCGUCCUCUCAGUGAAUAUGAAAUAAUAUCCAAAUAAUCCAAUGUCGAAUUAUUCUAUCUUCCUUGGAUUCAAUUCCUAAACUCCUUAGAUUCUGAUAUUGGGAAGCCAUUUUUUCUAUCUUACAAUUCACAUCUUCAUCGUUAAAGAUGUAAUUCGUUGUAGCAUUGGUCGUUAAUAAUAUUGUUUGAGUAAGACCAUGUAGCCAUCAAACACUUUUUCAAAUAAUUAUACAGUGUGUCCCAAAAGUAAAGUGCCAAACUUCGGGAAUAGGUUAUAUGGGUCAAAACAAAGAGAAAAUAUAAAAUAGUUUUUUUUUUCUAAAACGCUUCGUUUAUGAGAUAUUCGCCAUUUUGUAUUUUUUACGAAAUAUUUUUUUCUUCCAAGUUAUCCAAGUUACCAGUCUGUAUUAACAUCAGAUUAUGAAUGUUCUUAUCCAAGCACAAGAAAAUCAUAAUUUGAUGUUUUGCUGCCUCGUAACACACAUUUCAUUGUAUCUCUGUUAUGCCUUGUCCGAUUCUAAUUUUUUGGUGUUGACUGAUUGUAAAUAAAAUUUCCUAAAAAAAUUGUUCUUAAAAUUGGUAAAUUUCUCUAUCUAUCACCGUUCUCCCGCAAUUUUGGAUUGAAAGUUUAAAAUGGCCGCCAUUAUGAAUUUUCGAAUUGGACAAAGUUGAAUAUUUUUUCUACAGUUCAUCUCUCUUAUUUGAACAUACCUACCGAUUUUUAUAGCGAUCGGUUGGAUAACUUCGAAGAUAAAAAUUAUUCUGUAAAAAAUAUAAAAUGGCGAAUAUCUCAUAAACGAAGCGUUUUAGGAAAAAUAAUUAUUCUACAUUAUGUCUUUGUUUUGACUAAUAGAACCUAUUCUCGAAGUUUGACACUUUACUUUUGGGACACUGUAAAUUUAUGGAGCAGAUCAAAUUCCAAUAUCUGAGAAAUGUGUACGAGUAACGUAUGAAAUGUACUCGUAUGUAUGAAAAGUAUACCAUCCAUUGUCUUUUCUAUAUUGUAUUUUGUUAUAUUUUUCUUGGCUAUUCUAAGACUGAAAAAGAAAGUGAAGUUUAAUUGUUGGUUGGCUUGCGCUUCUUUUUACUUGACUAAUUCAUACUCGCAGAUUUAAUACUGUGAUUCAACCUACUAGGCUACAUAUUGCUUACCAAUUGCAUGUAUUUGAAUCCCCUAAAGAAUGUGGGGCUGCUUUGAUUCAACCUACUACUGUUGAGGUUGUGGUUAGGACUUAUAUUUGAGUUAGAUGAAUCUAGUUUCUAUACUUUUUAUUUGUUUUCUCAUUUGCAGCAAAAUUUAUAUUUCAGCCAGAAUUGUGAAAUAGGUUUUCCACUUUGGCAAUCUUUAUAAUGUAAUUGCAAUUAUUUCUCUUCUUCUUCUUUUUUGGCUAAGCCUUAUCCCAAUCAUAUGGAGUCGGCAUUUCCCUCCUUCAGCCGUCUCCUCCACAAAAUCCUGUCCAUCUCCUCCUCGUGUCUUCAACCCUUCUCCCGCAGAUCAGCCUCCACUCUGUCUCUCCAUCUCAUCCUUGGCCUCACUCGAAUUCUCCUGCCACCCAGAUCUAAAUCCUGCACCCUCCGUCCCACAUAAUCCUCCUCACGUCUCUGAACAUGUCCAAACCACCUCAUCCUGGCAACCUGCAUCUUCCUACCCAAUGGUCCCACCCCAACUGUACCUCUAAUCACCUCAUUACGAAUCCUAUCCCUUCUUGUGACCCCAAACAUCUAUCUCAGUAUACUAAUCUCAGCCACAUCCAUUUUCUUCUCUUGUCUCUUUGAAACAGGUCAAGUUUCCGCGCCGUACAACAAAGCUGGUUUCACUACCGAUCUGUACACCUUACCCUUCAUCUUACAGUCCACUCUCUUAUCACAGAGCACACCACUCAUCCUUCUCCAGUUGAACCAUCCGCAAUUCAGUCUAUGCUCUAUUUGUACAUCCAUUGAUUUUAAUUGUUGCAAUUAUUUAUCUUCUUCUACAAAAUACAGUAGCUUUUGGUACGAGUAAUAUAGCUAUCAUGUAAUAAUUUACUCAUACUUAUCUAAUCAUACAACUAUCAUGUAAAUAAUUUACUCAUACUUAUCGAAUCAUACAACUAAAAAUUCAUACUUUCAAAUCUUCGUGUGUGCUAAAUAAUUCGCUCAUACCCAUGUAAUUAGCCUAUUUGAUUAAAUUUCGAAUUAUAAAUUGUGCUUUAUUGUUUAGUGCCUACUAAUCUGUAAUUGAGUGCCAUAGAAAAAAUGAUCCUAUUUAAAAAUUUAUAUUUCCAUUUCUGUAUAAAAUUCCUGAAUAAUUGUGAUUUUGGUCUUCUUCGUUCCUGUCCUACAUUUUUGUUUUUUCUCCAUUCAUACUUCUACUGCCAUAAUCCAUUUUCUCCUCAAUAUUUGUAGUUAUAAUAAUGUUUCGAUAAUUUUUCCAUUGCUUCCCAAUAUUAUAGAGCUAGUUAUUAUAAAAUUGGCUUAUGCAAAGACUUUAAUCGUGCUUCCUACAAUAAUAAUUAAUUGAAUAAAUUAAUAAUUGGGUGUAAUAGAGAGAAAGUGAAUGAGAGAAAAUAAGGAUGAGAAUGAGUUAGUGAAAGGAGUAAUUAAGUUUGAAAGAAUGUUUCUUGUAUUUUUCAUAGGACUAGGGUGGGUCUAUAAUAUGUAGUUUUUCAAUAUCUCGAAUAGAAAUUGUAAAAUUUAUUAUUUCAAGAUAAAAUCAUACAGUGACAUUAGCAUUGGAUUAAAUAUUCCUCUCCUCUACAGUUUCUGUCUGAUAUAGAAUUUUAUGAAUUCAUUAUUCAUUUAGAAUUUUGAAGACAUUAGGUACGCAAUAUCUUUUUCUUAGAUUUUUUGGUAAUGAAAGCCAUCCGAAAAACUUACCAUUCUGUAAAUUUUGUGAAAUGAGUACAAAAAUAUUGAAUACUAAUGAAAUAUUAAACUUAACAUGUAAAAAAAUUGAAAAUGUACAAUUCAAUAAUCAAAAAUGUCUAUUAUAUUUUUUGAAAAUAAUUUAAUGCAGAAAUCUCACUUUAAAGUGAAAACACCAUUAUUAAAUCAAUCUUCUUCAUGCCUUCUACUAAGAUCUGAAUUUUCAAUACAGAAGUUGGCUCACGGUAUGAUAAUAUUGUGUUUUAGUGGAAAUAAUGGAAUGUAGCAAAAUUAUUUACCAACUUUACUCAUUUAGGGCACUUUUUGUUGAAAUGUUCCACCAACAUAUCCUUAUCCGAAUCAUAUUGUAAUUGUCAAUUGAAUUUAUGUGCAAAAAGUUUUAAAAGACAUUAUCUCAAACUCUUUUUCUAUCACAAAUUUCUAUAUUUGAGACAUUUUUUAUGAGAAACGUGAAAUAUACAAACGUAUUCAGUAUUCUAGCAUCUCCAAGUGUUAUCCUAUACAAUAUUGUUAUUGUUAAUAAAUAGCUGUAAUAUUUUUAAAGUUUUAUAAAGAAUAUAUACGACUAUAUCCAGUAUUAUGUUGUAAUGAUAUUAAAUAAAUUAACAUCAUGAUUGUUUUCACUA